ACGAAGAGCGCCUUUUUCGCUUUUGGUGAUAAGCAAAUUUCUUGGUGAUAACAGCAGCUGUUCGGUACUGUAAGUAAAUAUUUAGGUUACCCCCGACGAUUUACGGCUGCUGGUAGCGCUUCAGUUCUAGAUCGAUAUUCGUGCGAAGCGGAUUAAUUAAUCAAAGCGAGCGGUAUUUUAUUAAAAGAAGUUGUGGAAAUAAAAAAAAGUGGGCAAAAUUAAGAAUUAAAUAAAUAAAUACGAAUGCGUGGAAUUUUCGAACGGCAAAGAGUAAAAGAAUUAAAAAACGAAAUUUAUCAAAUAUUUUGUUAAUAUUUGUGAGAGAAAGAAAAAAAUUUCUAAAGAAAUAUAUUUAACAAUAAUCAAAAAUUAAAAAGUGUUUUUGAAAGUCUGUGAUAUCUAUCAAAUUGGUGAUGUGAAAGAUGGAAAAUCUACUGCAUCAAAUCAAAUCGUUUUUCAAAGCAUUACUAUGUUUCUUAAUUGCCUGCUGCCUGUUGCCGAUGAUAUUUUUGUCAUUUGUAUGUGUCCAUUACAGUGACGAGCUGGUUAAUUAUGUGCUUAGCAUUAAAUACCCCACACUCACCAUUUCCAAAUCGAAGAAAAUUCGUACUCUUAUCGAUACGCCACGCAAUGCGGGAAUAUUUCACUUUCUGCUUCAAGUUAAAGGUCAGUGUGACUUUGAACAAAUAAAACGCUACUACGCAGACAAUCUGACGGAUGCACGUGAUAAAGCUGGCUACUUGCGUUUUCCGAAAUUACGCCAAAAAUUGGUGACGUGUUGGGGCCACUACGCAUGGGUGAAUGAUAAUAGCUCCUUUAACAUCAAUAAUCAGGUUUUGCUCAGCGCACGCAGCUAUCGCGGACGUCCGGUGAAUGACAGCAAUAUACAAGACUUCGUUAGCGAAUUGGCAACCAAAUACAUACCAUCGGACUUGCCACAAUGGCAGGUGAUUGUCAUACCCACUGCAAUAGCCACUGCGAGUGCGCCACCAGAGACCGCAACCGAAAACACAACACCUUUGGCACCGAUGUCACAAACUAUGGAUGAUCACUACUACGUGCUGGUCAAGGUACAUCAUCUAAUCAUUGCCGAAGAGGAAGAUCUGCACAUCAGCGAAAUACUGAUGCUGCAAGAGAAUGGACGCAAAGCUGUGAUCGACAUCGAUCAAAUGGGCAAUGGAGGGAGAGCACAACCACUUUCCUGUUUUGUGCGCGAACCCGUUCACAUACCCCGCCUCAUCAAUCACAUAGGCGCCCAAAUAGUGAAUACCUGGAAUGCUUUCAUCUACGAGUACGAGUCACUGGAAACGCCAGACGGUUAUAGGCCAGUACCCAUCACCAAUGUUACCCAACUGCUUUCAGUGCUGCUGAUCGUCGUGGUGAAUGUGUGCCUGGACUACAGGCGCACUAUGCAGUUGCACCAGAAGCUGCGUCGCCGCUACAAUGUGCAGAAGGAUAAUUGCGGGCGGUUGAAUGUACUCACCACGUUGCUACUCAAAGAAAUCGAUCGACGUAAUCUCUCAUGGCCUGUCGCAUGGAUGGCCAUUUGCACAUCGUGGCAUCCAGCGAAUAUAGCCAAGACAUGGACCAUGUUCCUGUGGCGCGUCAACAUUAACAACACGGUGCUGCUGCCCUAUCGCAUCUACUGUGAACUGAUGGCCAUGAGCGAUAUUGUCUUCAAAGGGCAAACGUAUCUUACGCAUACACACAUCGGACGUUUAUCGAUCUACCUGCCGAUGAUAUUGUAUGCACAAAUAGAAUUCUUUAAAAUAUGCUAUGAAAUCUUCAAAGCGCCAGUUAAUAUCUACGAGGAGCUCUUCGUGAGUCCCUCCAAAGAAGCUAAUAUUUUGCAAAUGAAAUCCUACUCUGGCCGCAAGAUCGUCUCAUUCUCCAAGUCCAUUAACGCGGCCGAGCUACGGCAGCGGCACAAUUUCGGCGCAGAGGUGCGCGAGUCCGACUUUGUGCUGUCGUGUUUGGCUGGCGCCUUGCGCGACUACUUCGCCAUGCAUAGAAAUAUGGCGCCAGUGCCUGAGGUGCUCAAUACCACAUGUCGCACCAUUUCUAAGGGUUACUUCACCGAAAAGACGGGCAAUAAGGCGGAACACAUCGGCGGCGUCGUUUUUCUGCAACUGCCGCUCGAGGCGCCUGGAUGGGAGCAUGCGCGCAAAAUGCAUUCGAUCAUCGACAAUAUACGACGCAAGCAGAUUAUGAUCUAUCUGGCGUCGAUGGGUCAGACGCGAUUUGAUCUGCUGACCGCCUUGGUGCCGCGUGUGCUAACAAAGGUCUGUUUGAAUUUCUUUUCUCACAACUUUCCCGUUACCCUAACGGAAAUACAUGGCUCAUCGCCGGACUUUCAAACGCUCUGGGGUCAUGUCGUGGAGGAUGUGCUACUCUUCAGACCACCGCAAUCGAAAACAUGUUUAUCGCUGAAUAUUCACCGUUUCGGGGACCGAUAUCGUUUAGCUAUAAUGGCCGACACGCAGUUGGGACCGGAUCAUGCUCUGAUAUCACGCGCAUUCGAGAACUACAUAGAAACUGUAGCGCUUUAAAAGAAUUCUUACUUAUUUAUUAAUUUCUGUGAUUAAGUCGUUUUGUAAUAAAUCUGGGUUGACAAUAUUCC